GCUGUAGUAAAGAAAAAAAAAUCUGGUAGCUAUGAAUAUCUGCUAGCUUGCCACCGACAAUUGGUUGGUACACUUGAGUAGAUCCAUCCAUGUCAAGACACAAUAGGGAUUUCCGUAGUCCUGCGCCACUUGUGAACACAUAUAGGUGCUCUCCAUCCCGGUUACCCGACUGCUGUGAAUCGGACCUGGCUGGCUUGCUAAAGAGACUGCAGGACCUUGGUGCAGUGCUUUGCAACCUAACACCACCUCAACCUUCAACACUAAAGGAUCUGUAAAUCCAGAUUUGUGCCAGAAGAUGAACGGCUUGUCCAUACGAGAGCUAUGCUGCCUCUUUUGCUGCCCCCCUUGCCCCAGCCGCAUUGCAGCCAAACUGGCCUUUCUCCCUCCAGAGCCCACCUAUGCUUUACUCCCUGACCCAGAUGCUGGAUCUGGAGCAACAACUGUCUCUACCGCCAACUCUGGGGCUGCUCCCUCCUCCCUCGGAGCUCCAGGACUGCGUUCACGGCUCGGUAAUUCCAGUGGAUCAGAUCGAGGAGGAGGAGGAGGUGGAGGAGGAGGUGGUGGUGGUAGUAGUGUUGGGGGAGCAGGCGGCAGUGGUGGGGCUGCCAGCACCAGCAGUAGUAUCAGUGGGCCAGAAGGCAGGUGGAAGUUGCACCUCACAGAACGAGCGGAGUUUCAGUAUUCACAGAGAGAGCUGGAUGUGACUGAUGUGUUCCUGACCAGAUCUAGCCGAGGGAACAGGGUGGGAUGCAUGUACAUCCGCUGUGCUCCCAAUGCCAGGUUCACAGUGUUGUUUUCUCAUGGCAAUGCCGUAGACCUCGGCCAGAUGAGCAGUUUCUACAUUGGUUUAGGUACACGCAUCAACUGCAACAUCUUCUCCUACGACUACUCAGGCUACGGUGUUAGUACUGGCAAACCAUCUGAGAAGAACCUUUACGCAGAUAUCGAUGCUGCAUGGCAUGCCCUGCGCUCCCGGUAUGGCAUCAGCCCUGAAAAUAUCAUCCUGUAUGGACAGAGCAUUGGCACAGUGCCCACGGUAGACUUAGCAUCGAGGUUCGAGUGUGCUGCAGUGGUCCUUCAUUCUCCUCUCACCUCCGGCAUGAGGGUGGCCUUCCCUGACACAAAGAAGACUUACUGCUUUGAUGCCUUUCCCAACAUCGAAAAGGUUUCAAAGAUCCCAUCUCCAGUGCUCAUUAUUCACGGCACAGAAGACGAGGUGAUCGACUUCUCUCACGGCCUUGCGCUGUUCGAGCGCUGUCCCAAGGCCGUGGAGCCCCUGUGGGUGGAGGGGGCCGGCCACAACGACAUCGAGCUUUAUAGCCAGUAUUUGGAGAGGCUACGGCGCUUCAUCAACCAGGACCUGGCUGCACAGCACGCCUGAGAAAAAUACGCCUCUCCGUGUUUGUAUCUCUGACACUGUGUAUGUGCAUGUGUGAAAGGGUGGGUGAGCAUGUUUGCAAUGGAUGUGUGUGUGUGGGUGUGAAUUUGGUCACAUCUGUGUGUCUUUAAAGCAGCACAGCACCUACAGGUUCAACGCAAACACAACCUGUGUUCAGUUUCCUGUUUUUAAAGGUGACUAAAUUUUUUAAAACCUCAUUAGCUUUAUACAUUUGUACAGUGUUGGUGAAACACACA